AAGAAAUCAUCAUCGUCACUGUCUCCAUUCUCAUUAGGCUCUAAAAAGAAAAAGGAUGGAAAGUCGUCGACCGCCUCUCUGACCUCAUCGACAUCGUCACUCAAGGCAGGAAUGGAGAACAGCAUGUCCCUCACUUCAGUGUCAGAGAUUACAAACUCCCUGUCCAAUACACACACGCACACCGACAACGCCUCCACCAAUGAUGAGGUCAGCGAGACUGGCGAUGACUAUGACCCCUUCCUUUCGAUCCUUGAGGAGCCGAUCGAACAGGGCGGCAUUGAGAAGGAAACCACUGAGGAGCUACAAGAGAUGUUAUCCGUAUUGAAGGGCGUACAGAAUGAAUGCAACGUGCUACUGCUGGGCCGCACAGGCGUCGGCAAAUCAUCAACACUCAACACAGUUUUUGGCAUUGACAUACCGGUGCACUCAUCGGAAUCGUGUACACAGGACCCAUUCACCUACAGUCGCAAUGUAAAUGGCUUCAAGCUCAACAUCAUUGACACGCCAGGCUUCCUGGACUCUCAUGGCGAAAGUGUCGAUGCAGACAACAUGGUAAAGAUCCAAAAGUACCUGUCUGGCAAGACCAUUCACUGUGUUCUCUUUGUGGAGAAGUUCACAGAGACACGCUUUGACGGUGCUCACCAGCUGGUCAUCAAUCAGUUCACAGAGAAGUUGGGUCCACAGUUGUGGCGAAACGCCGCCGUUGUACUGACCUACGCCAACUCAGUGCUACCCGACUCGUGCUACGAUGGCUAUGACGAGAGUGAUGAGGUUGGACCAUGGCGCAAGCACUAUGACACGAGAAGCAUGCAAUUCAAACGCUUCUUUGGAGACAUCUUUGCCAAGAUGCCCCAGGAUGACAACCCGCCUAGAAAUAUACCAGUGUUUGCCAUGGAGAACUCACGUCGCUGUCUUCGAAACGAGUUGGGUCAGCGAAUACUUAUUGAUGGCACGCCAUGUCUACAUGUGUUAAUCACCGGUCUGCUCAAGAUGGUCGAUCCCAAGACAGCCUUUUUGUUCAUGGGACAUCUGCGUGCAAAGGACAAGCCGGGCAGGACCCACAAGGGCGAUCAGCAGGACCGAGAGGCAUCCAUCUUGGACAACCUGGGCGAGAUACUCAAGUUGUUUAUCGUGCCACCUUUCGAUCAGCUUGGCAAAGGACAGAUAGCGCAGAUCCUAGAAGGGUGGGGCAAAAAGUUGGACAAAUAUGGCAAUCUUCCAAACCUACUCAAAAUAUGA